AUGCAGCAGCUUUCUCUCUUGGGCUCUCAUGAAAGGGGAAUCCUCAGCGUGGCUUACCACAGUCAGUCUGGCCUCUUCUUCUCCGGAGCCAAGGACCUGAUGGCCCUAGGCUUCGACUGCAGGGCCCCGCGGAGGCCCGCGCUGUCGCUGCAGCACGAAGACUGGGUAGCUGCGCUGCAUGCAGCAGCAGCGCCGCUGCUGCCUCACACAAUACGCACUGGAGACAAACGCGUGCACACUUGGGACGUCCGCUUCCCCACAGCGCCGCUGCCGGAAUUGCCCCACAAGCAGCACUGCCACAAGCAGCUCAUUUCGGGUCUACGCUCGGACGCGUUGCGGCUGGUCAGCUGCUCCCUGGAUGGCUGCGUGCUGUCUUCAUCUGUGGAAGCUGCAGCAGGCAGCAGCAGCACAAGUUUGUCGACGGAGGUGCUGGACGUGGCUGCAGCAGGAGCCGCAGCAGCAGCAGCAGCAGCCACUGCAGCAGCAGCAGCAGCAUGCUUUCCCAGAGCCGUGGGGCAGCAGCAUAGCGACUGGCUGCUCGCUGUGGACUUCGCAGAGACGAAGCUGGCAGCAGCAGCAGCAAAUGGGGUGCUGCGCCUGUAUGACUUUUCGCAGCGGCUGCUGCAGCAGCACGAAUGCAAGAGACGCUGCUCUGCCUCGUUUUAA